UCCUGGGCCUCCCGGGCCUUCAGCCGGCGGACAUGGUCCGCACCGAGAGGUCCCAGCCCGGGAGGAGCAGCUGCUGCCAGACCACCCUGCCCACCAGCCCGGGUACAGCCCUGUGCACAGCCGGCCGCCCAGCAUGGGGAAUGCCAGCCCCGCCGGCCUGGGAAGUGAUAUUGAGGAUCCCUGCGCCUCCGCAGCCCCCAGGGUCCCGAGUAGUGAUGGGGACACUGAUCCUUCCCUGCUGAGUGGGGGUAAGGUGCUGUUGGCCUCAGAUUUUAUUUUGACUGAAGAUGGAAGAACCCUGAAGGUUCUGGAAGGCUCUGCAGCUCACGGGCCAGAGGACAAGGGUGAAGCGGCGCUGAGUUCCUCCGUGCAGGAAGUUGCUCCUUCUGCUGGCCCCUUGCUGGGAGGGCAGCGAGUGCCCCCUGGACAGCAGGCGCCAGGACUCCAGCAAGAGCCGUGCUCCUCUGCCUGCGCCCAGGACAAGGCCCUUCCCAGGCCCCCACUGGGUGUGCCCCUGGCCUCUCAGCACACAGAGCACUGGCAGAACAAGGAAGUGGCCUUGUCAGGCCGGCUGCCCCCUGCAGGAGGGGCUGCCCAGCAUCCGCUGCCCCCUGUGGACUCCAGCCCGAGGACCCCUGGAGCAGAGCAGAGCAGCCCGGAAGCUGCAGAGGCCCUUCUUCACCACCCGCACUGCACUGCGGUGGCCACAGUGGAAAACGCUCCAGCCCAGGACAGCAGUGCCGUCUCCGCGGCCAGAGGGAGGGAGCGGUCACAUAGCUCCCGCGACGUCCCGCGCCCGAAAGUCUCCUGGGGCCAGGUGAUGGCUCUGAACCCAGACUUGCCAGAAGCUCCCCCCAGCCCAGAGAUGCCAGGAGGGCAGGCUGCUGCAGCCGCAGAGGGCACACUGAGUACCACCCCACUGCAGCCUGUAGUCGGGGACAGCCCGGCCCCCGUCACCCCUGCCCUGCAGGUGCCCCCCAGAGCGUGCACGGACCGCACUAUUGAGGAGGCUGCGAGUCACAUCGUGAAUGCUGUCAUCCAGCAGGUCAAGGCCUCAGGAGCUCUGGGCAUGGCUGGGGGUGGCAUUCACCUGGAGCUGGACGCAGCAUCAGAGCAGCCGCAGGAGCUGGCCCCUGUUGGGACCGCAGGUGCCCUCUUGCCUGGGGAGACCCUCCCGAGGACCAGCGUUCAUGAAGACCCCGCAACCCUGGCUGGGAGGGAGGAGCCAGAGAGGACGCUCCCGUGUGUGCCAGGACCUGCACUGGCAGCAGAAAUGCCGGACACGAAAGCUGAAGAUGGAGUGGAUUUUCUCGGUGAGCCCAGGGGCAGCGCCAUUUCUGAGGAAGCGUCUGGUGAAGCUUCCCCUCCCAAGAUGAAGCACAGCCUGAAGACCCAGGUGAUUAACCGAGAGAGCUGGUGUACCAUCGAGCCAUCCCCGGAUGCAGCAUCUCCCCUGACCCCCACCACGAGCCCAGAGAGCUUCCUGGAUGUCGGACUGGGCAGCGAGCGCACCGCCAAGCCAGGGGCAGCUCCAGGGGGCGCCGGGAGCGACUGUGACCUCUUCCACUCGCCCAGCGAGGACGCGGACAGCGCCAUCUUCCCCAGGCCCGAGGAGGAGCAGCUGGGCUGCGACCUCACUGGCUCCAGCUCCUGCACCGACGACUCCGCCUCGCUGGACCGCCACUCCUCCUUGGGCAGCGACGUGUCCCUACCCCACGUGGCACAUGGGAGCAGGCCCAGAGACCAGCCCGGCCUGGAAGGUGCCGGCAGCCCUGAAGCAGGUGCCGCGGGCCGCCAGAGUUCCCGUGACCCGGCCGGCUCGGGGGACCUCGAGGACGAGGAGACAGACAGUGUCACCGAAGUGCCCAGCACACGCUCAGUGCUCAGGGGCUCAAUGCGCUCGCUGUCCCCUUUCCGGAGGCACAGCUGGGGACCGGGGAAGAACGCGGCCAGCGAUGCAGAGAUGAACCACCGGAGUUCUCUGCGUGUUCUGGGAGACAUGGUCAGGAGGCCUCCCCUCCAUAGGAGAAGUCUGAGCUGGUGUCCUUCUGGCGUGCCCCCUUCUGCUGCCCUGAGUGCUGACUUUCAUUACAGAAGUUUCAGCUUGGAAGGCCUGGCCGGCGGGGCUGGGGCCGGGGAUCAGCCUUGCCCAUCUCGAGACGUGAGUCCUGCCAGCACUGCAGGGUCUAGGCACCCUUUCAGCGGCCAGGAGCGGCGGGGCUCUCUGGUGUCCCUCUCAGAAGAAGACCUGGAAUCGGGCCAGGGAGAACACAGGAGGGUGUUUGAUCCACAGACUUGCCGCAGAUCUAAGCCCCAGGGAUUUAAUUACUGUACAUCAGCCAUUUCCUCUCCUUUGACCAAAUCCAUCUCUUUAAUGACCAUCAGCCACCCUGGCUUGGACAAUUCGCGGCCUUUCCACACCACCAGUGCCAAUCUGACUGAGAGUAUAACAGAAGAGAACUAUAAUUUCCUGCCACCAAGCCCCUCCAAGAAAGAUUUUGAAGGGAAGAGUGGAACCAAGGUCAGCCGUACCUUCAGCUACAUCAGGAACAAGAUGUCGAGCAGCAAGAAGAGUCGGGAAAAGGAAAAGGAGAAAGAGAAGAUUAAGGAGAAGGAGAAGGACUUGAAAGAGAAAGAGAAGGACAAGAAGAUUGUCAAUGGACACACUUUCAGCUCUGUCCCCACCGUGGGACCCAUCAGCUGCAGCCAGUGCUCCAAGCCCUUCUCCAACAAGGAGGCCUACACCUGUGCAGGUUGUGGAGCUUUGGUCCACAAAGGCUGCCGAGAAAGCCUGGCCUCCUGCGCGAAGGUCAAGAUGAAGCCCAGAGGGAGCCUGCAGGCCCAGGACACCUCAUCACUGCCCACAGUCAUCAUGAGAAACAAGCCCCCUCAGCCCAAGGAGCGCCCCCGCUCAGCCGUCCUUCUGGCCGACGAGACCUCCGCCGCCCCCCUGUUUGCAAACCGGCGCUCCCAGCAGAGUGUCUCACUCUCCAAGAGCAUCUCCAUACAGAACAUCGCGGGGGUUGGCAGUGACGAGAGCAUGUCGACCACAUGGAAGUUCCUGUCUCACUCCACAGACUCGCUCAACAAGAUCAGCAAAGUCAACGAGUCCACAGAGUCCUUGACGGACGAGGGGACGGACAUGAAUGAAGGGCAGCUGAUGGGGGACUUUGAGGCUGAGUCGAAGCUGCUGGAGGCAGAGUCCUGGAGUCGCACCGUGGACAGCAAGUUUCUGAAGCAGCAGAAGAAGGAGGUGGUGAAGCGGCAGGAAGUGAUUUAUGAGCUGAUGCAGACAGAGCUGCACCACCUCCGCACGCUGAAGAUCAUGAGCGACGUGUACAGCCGCGGCAUGAUGACGGAGCUGCUGUUCGAGCAGCAGACGGUGGACCAGCUCUUUCCCUGCCUGGACGAGCUCCUCAGCAUCCACAGCCAGUUUCUGCAACGCAUCUUGGAGCGCAGGAAGGAGUCGCUGGUGGACAGAAGCGACAGGAACUUCCUCAUCAGGAGAAUGGGGGACGUGCUGGUCAAUCAGUUUUCCGGGGAGAACGCAGAGCGCCUGAAGAAGACGUACGGCAAGUUCUGUGGGCAGCACAACCAGUCCGUCAGCUACUUCAAGGACCUCUACACCAGGGACAAGCGCUUCCAGGCCUUUGUGAAGAAGAAGAUGAGCAGUUCCGUGGUGCGGCGGCUUGGAAUCCCAGAGUGCAUAUUGCUUGUCACACAACGGAUCACCAAGUACCCGGUGUUGUUUCAGAGAAUUCUGCAGUGUACCAAAGACAACGACGCGGAGCAGGAAGAGGUGGCCCAGUCCCUGGGCCUGGUCAAGGAUGUGAUUGGAGCCGUGGACAGCAAAGUAGCGAGUUACGAGAAGAAGGUCCGACUCAACGAGAUCUACAUGAAGACAGAUAGCAAGUCGAUCAUGAGGAUGAAGAGUGGCCAGAUGUUGGCCAAGGAGGACCUGAAGCGGAAGAAGUUGGUGCGGGACGGGAGUGUGUUUCUGAAGAGCGCGGCCGGGAGGCUGAAAGAGGUCCAGGCAGUCCUGCUCUCGGACAUUCUGGUUUUCCUUCAAGAGAAAGACCAGAAGUACGUCUUUGCCUCGCUGGACCAGAAGUCGACAGUGAUUUCGUUAAAGAAGCUGAUUGUCAGAGAAGUGGCCCACGAGGAGAAAGGGCUGUUUCUGAUCAGCAUGGGGGGGAAGGACCCAGAGAUGGUAGAGGUGCACGCCAGCUCCAAGGAGGAGCGCAACAGCUGGAUCCAGAGCAUUCAGGACACGAUCAACACCCUGAACAGGGAUGAGGAUGAGGGCGUUCCGAGCGAGAGUGAGGAAGAGAAGAGGCUGCUGGACACCAGAGCCCGCGAGCUGAAAGAGCAGCUGCAGCAGAAGGACCAGCAGAUUCUGCUCUUGCUGGAGGAGAAGGAGAUGAUCUUCCGGGACAUGGCGCUGCCGGAGGACAGCCCCCCGGGCCCCGGCCCCCGCACCCCCCUCUUCCGCUCCAACACGGAGGAGGCGCUCCGAGGAGCCCCGCUGAUGAAGAGUGCCAUCAGCGAAGUGGAGGCCCUUCAGAGCCUGGUGAGCGGGAGCCUGGGUGGCUCCCUGGGACCAGCGGUCAGCAGCCCCGUGGAGCAGGAUGGUGCGGUGGGCCCCGUGUCUCUGCCCAGGAGAGCAGAGACGUUCGGUGGCUUCGACAGCCAUCAGAUGAGCGCGUGUAAAGGAGGUGAGAAGGACGAGGGGGAAGAUGGCCAGGAUCUCAGGAGGACAGAGUCGGACAGUGGCCUGAAGAAGGGUGGAAACGCUAACCUGGUGUUCAUGCUGAAGAGAAACAGUGAGCAGGUGGUCCAGAGUGUCGCCCAUCUCCACGAGCUGCUCAGCUCCCUGCAGGGGGUGGUGCUGCAGCAGGACAGCUACAUCGAGGACCAGAGGCUGCUGCUGAGCGAGCGGGUGCCCGCGCGGCACCCCACGCGGCCCAGCUCGCUGGCGGAGCAGGAGAAGCAGCGCAGCCUGGAGAAGCAGCGGCAGGAGCUGGCGGAGCUGCAGCGGCAGCAGGCGCAGCACCUGGACGAGCAGCGGCGGCGCGAGCGGCAGUGGGACGCCCGGGAGCGGGAGCUGCAGGAGCGGGAGGCGCGGCUGGCGCAGCGGGAGGACGAGGUGCGGCGCGGCCAGCGGGACCUGGAGCGCGAACGGGAGGCGCUGCAGCAGCGCCGUGGGGCCUACCAGGCCGAGCUGGAGCGGCUCCGGGCCGCGCAGAAGCAGCUGGAGCGCGAGCAGGAGCAGCUGAGGCGGGACACGGAACGCCUGGGACAGGUGCGCGGGGCCGGGGGUGGGGCGGCAGUGAGGGCCGUCCUGGUUCGGAGGCCCCGACGGCCGCUGACCCCCGCCUGCCCCACACAGGGCUCCCACUCGCACGCCAAGCUGCUGAGGAUCCCGUCCUUCCUGCCCAACCCCGAGGAGCCCCCGCCGCCCUCCACACCGCCUGUAGCCAAGUCAGGCUCCCCGGACUCGGACCUCCCGGUGUCCCCCAAGAGGAAUAGCCUCUCGCGGACACACAAGGACAAAGGGCCUUUCCACCUCCUGAGCUCUGCCAGCCAGACACACCGGCAGCCGGAGGGGCAGAGCCCCGCGCCAGCGGCCAGCUCCACGCGCCUCUUCGGCCUGGCCAAGACAAAGGACAAGAAGAAGGAGAAGAAGAAAGGCAGAGGCAACCGCGCUCAGUCCACUGAUGGCCCCGUGGCCGACGAGGCAGCGGAGGGUGAGGAGAUCUUCUGCUGAGCUCCAGGAGCCCUGCCUGCCCGUGCCCGCCCUGCACGCCGUUGCCCGGGACCCAGCCUGGCAUCACACGUCCGGGAAGGCGGGCCAGGGUCUUGGCUCGAAGAGGUUCCCGGUGAGGGCCGACAUAGACUGCUCUAACUGGGGGGGACGGAAGCAAAGGCCCAGCGCUCGGCCAUCUCCAGGCACUGCCAGUGACCCGCCUGCAGACACCGGGCAGACAGUGCCCACAGCCCUCCAGGCCAGGCCCUGUGCCCCUUCCCUCCCUUGGCACCUGGUCCCUUUAGGAGGGUGCUCGGUGGAGAACGUGUAGCCCGGUGAGCCCGCCUACCCGGGGGUGCCUCUUUUCCCUGUGGUGUGACACUUUUUGGUUGUCGCUGGCCACUGGGAAGUGACCGCAGCCUCCUGGCAGAGAUCCUGACCCGGCCCAUGGUGCCUGCCAUGCUGACCCAAAGUGCUCCUGGCCAGGCCCGUGGCAGAACCCGGCUUCUAGAAGACUCUUUCAAUCGGAAGGUCUCUUGUUAUUACUUGUGCUCUGUCCAGGGCCACUGCCAGCACCCCUCUGCCCACCCACUCCUUUCUCCGCUGUGCGUCCUUGGUUGGCUCGAGGCCUGGACCCAGCUGGUCUGUGCAGGACAGGCCAGGGCACUU